AAUGCUCGGUGUCUCGCGAGGAAAGGAGCUGCACGUUUCCUUUUCCACCUCUUGUCACCCUCCGCUCCUGCAAGUCUCGAUUGCCUGAUAAGAAACUUCAUCUUCAAAUUUUUCCAUUUUUUUACCAACUUUAUAAAUCUGGACCAAUAAAGUCUAGUUGCAAGGUCUAUAAGAUAUUUCAGGAACCAGAAAGAAAGAAUAAAGAAUUCUCAUGAAACUUUAACAGUGAGAAGUGAUUUAGUGAAUUGAUUCCAGAAGAAAGUCAAUUGGGAUGGGUCACAAAUCGAUGGUUCGAUCAGUGUGCUAAAGGAGGUUUAAAAAUAAGGAUUUCUUCACGGUUCUAAUUAUAUUCAAGAUUAAAGAUGAGAUACAUCAGCAUAAUUAUUGGUCUAGUAUCAUUGAGCCUCGCACAAGAUGCCAAUGAGUGUGAUAAAAAUUGGCACAAUUUGGAAACUGAGGAGUCUUCCAAAUUAAGUUGUGGUCCAGUUUUUCAAAAUCGGUGCCACUGCGAAAGAGCGUGUUUUGAACGAGAACACAAAUAUAUAGUCAACUGUACAAAUUCUGAGUUUCUUAAUACGGAACCCUUAUCGCAUCUUCCCAACAAGACACAAGUGUUAAUUUUUACGGGAAAUUAUCUUGACAGUCUUCCAUCGAAUAUCUUUGGAACUCUGGAUGCAUUCCCAGAUUUACAAGUGAUAGACAUGUCGAAUAACCAUAUAAAAGAAAUUAGGGGGAAAUCAUAUCACCACGUUAAGAAUGUAAGGAGGCUAAUUUUGGAUUUCAAUCAAAUUUCUUUGGACCCUACAAGAAGUCACCCUCGACUUUUUUCUAACUUCAUCUCCCUUGAAGAACUUCAUCUUACUGAUGCUUUUGAAGAUUCUCCGAAUCCGAGGGAUAUGGCAGCUACUCUUCAUGAUAUAUUUGUCAACAGUGAUUUGACGAAAUUGAUCAAACUGCAUUUGGAGCAGAACGAAAUUUCCGAAUUUCGUGAUUCCAAUGUCUUUUGUGAUCUUCCUAAUCUGUUGGAUCUUCAUCUGGGGGACAAUUCUUUGACUGCCUUGCACUUCAACCUCUCUUGUUUGCACAAUCUGCGAUUUUUGGACCUUCAACGAAACAAAUUCACCAAAGUUAUGGAAAGGGAUCUUCGAACUUUGGACACUUUUGCAAAACACAAUCAAUCUGUGAUGGUGGAUUUUUCGUUGAAUCCAUUUGAAUGUUCUUGCAGGCUUAAUCCUUUUAUUAAAUGGAUGGACAGAACGAAGAUCAUUGUCAGAAACAAGGAACAUUUGAUGUGCACAGAAGGUGAUAAAAAAGUGGGAUUUCACGAAACAAAAGACUGUCCCCAAAUAUUGAAAGCAGUCAGAGAUUCAGGAACAACUGUUCUUCUUUGUUUGCUUUCUCUCUUACUGAUUUCUCUAAUCUGUGGAUUUAUUUAUAUACAACGAGCAGAAUUAAAAAAGAAAUUACAAUCUGUAAAUAAAAGAGUGCGCUACACGUCAAUAGCAACUGGAGAAAAUCGGGAAGAAUUGAAAAAAUUGGUGUCGAAAAUGUCAAUUUUUAGACGUCUUCGCCUGGACGAAGUCAUCACUUCGUUACCAGAAUUGGGCCCAACAAUGCCAGAAGGCGGAUAUUCAUGGAUUGUGCUUUUUGGGAUUUUAAUUGUACAGAUGACUGUACCAAGUGUUUUGUCAAUGUACGGAAUUGUGCUUGGACAUUUGGUGAGCGACAACAGAAGACUCGAUUUUGACGUGUGGAAUGAGAAAAUUACAGUCACACCAAUACUGAUGACUGCUUUCUGGAGUUUAGCAGAUCCUUGGACAAAAACAAUUGUGAAUUUGGCUUCAGUUCCAAGAGUGAUGACUUUGAUAGGGAUUGCCCUUUUAUCAACAGGUGUCCUCGCUUCAGGAUAUUUAGCAACUGGAGGUGUUGGUGCUUAUUUAGCUAAUUUUAGUGCCGGAGCCAUCAUGGGAAUAGGGGCCAGUUUCGUGAUGAUACAGAGUGAAAAAGUAUUGCGACAACAUUUCAGGAUGAAGCUACCCUUUGCAAGAAUUUUGAUGAAUCUUGCUUUUUCCACAGGAAUUGUAUUUGCUCCUUUGGUAGCACUUGCCCUUUUUACCAGAUUAGGAAUUCAAGGUGGACUCAUGGCAAUGGUUGUACUUUUUUUACCCACUGCAAUCGUUACUACAAUUUUAAGAUCGCCAGGUAAAGAAAUAUCUUCACCAUACACCCUUCUAUUCAAUGAAGAUGAGGCAGAAUCAUCUCUAAGCAUGGUGGAAGGGUCAAAUUCAUACUCAAGAAAUCAGGCUGGCUCUGAUGCGCGAAAUACAGGGUUAAAUCCUUCGCCAGUUGAUGAAAUUAAUGAAAUUAAUGAACCUCAAGGAGUCUUUGCGGAAGGAAGUAGAGCCUACAGUUACGAAGAUCCAGAAAAUACGACUACCAAACUUUUUGUAUCUCCAACAAAUUUCCAAGUUCUUUUCAAAUUCGGCACAGUUGUUGUCACUUGUAUAGGCACUAGAGCUGGGAUGAUGCUUUUUUGGCUCCUUUUGCCUCCACUGAUUGUCAUCAAAGUUCCAUCAACGAAUCUUCUUGAUGGGGUUAUUCUUUCCAUGAUUGGAGGAAUUGGCACUCUUGUUGCGAGCAUCAUCUCCUACUGGAACCCAAACACAGCCAGAUUGAGAAGUUUAAUUUUUGGAUUUUCGAAUUGGAUAGGGAGUUUCGUUCUCUUAGGCCUCUGCUAUGGUGAUUUUUAUAGUUUUUUCAUAAUUUUGGCACUUUUGGGAGGUAUGAGCGUCGGUGGAUUGUUGGUGAGUCAAGAAUUUGUGAUACGAGAUUCUUUGGGAUCACAUGUGGCCUCCAAAUCACGUGCUGCACUUACGACGUGUGUUGGAAUCGCAAUUUUGCUUCUUUCCUUUAUUGAAAAUAUGUUUCUGUGCUUGAGGAUUGUUGGGGUAAUUCAGUUUUUUGGAGGAUCAUACUGGAUCCUCUCUCCACUUUUUGGGGCACUAAAAGCUCGAUGGUGUAGGUGAUUGAAUAAAUCAUUUUCUGAAUUGAAAUACCAAAUCUAGAUUUAGGAAUAAUAAAACUCAUGUGAAUGACUGUCUAUUUAAAUUAUAAAUCACCAGUAAGUUUAGAAAUUUCGAACAAAUCUAUGUAAGAAAAUUUUCAUUAUUUUCAUAAUAUAAAUUGUAAAAAUUAGGAUAAUAGAUAAUUAUUAGAUAUCGGUGAAUGCCAAAA